AAGCCUACGGUCAACAUGGGCAAACAGUUUAACAUCAUUGUGCCUCACAUUUCGGAGACUUUUGACCGGACCAAAGCCCUGCCAAGGCUAGAAUUUCAUUUUUAUGGUCAUAUGCAUUCGUACAAAAAUCUGAUUCUUCUGUCGUCAUCUCAAAUGAGGUUCAGACCCUACCAGCCGACAAGAGCAGUGAUGCGUAACGUGGUGCUCCAGGACGGGAGCCUGCAAACAGUUAUCGUCUCUUGUGUACACAACGACAUAUGCAACCAACAGCUGACAGAAGGCAGGACGUGGCUGUUUCAAGCUGUGGGCAGCCACCAGUUUGGAAUGUACGUACACUUCUUUGUCUCCGAGUCUUCUUCAGCCACUUUCACGCCCCUUCCAGUUGAAGCCCUGGGCCAAAAGUAUUUCGCUGUGACGCUAAAAAGUGAAUAUUUCAUUGGAAUAGUGGCAGCCGACUAUGACGUCAAUGUAAUUAUUACCUUCAACUUUCAAGAUAACAAUAAGGUCAUUGAGCACGAUGGCAUCAUUUAUCGCAACUAUGAUAUUGCUACAGUAACUGUUAUAAAACAUGAAGGCUACAUUAUAUCAGCCUGCAAAGAUUCAAAUUUUGAUGGCUAUCUUACAGGUACAUCGUUGGAAGGCAACCAUCCUUUCGGUGUUAUCACUGGCAGCUGCAGCAGCGGCACAUUGACCAAUCCUUGUGACGGCAGCGCUGAAAGUGUUAUGGGUGAAAAAGACAUGGCUGCUGAAAUGCUGAUGCCAAGCGAGACUUUCGGCAGAGACUUUAUAGUUUUCCCGCUGCUGGGCCGACAAGUUCCUGGCUACUUUUGGAUCACUGCCUCCAAAGAUGACACCUUUGUCAGCAUGAAGCAACGCCAUAAUAACGAGUUCCAAACUCCCAUCUAUAUGUGUCAAAGCCAAACUGUCAAUUUUACUCUGACCUACACCUACAUCUUAAGUAACAAAGGAAUCCAAGUGGUUGUGGUUCAAAGGUCAGCAUGCCUGGCUACAGAUGGCGUCGAACCGGAACUAGGAGACCCUUCUCUGUCAAUCAUUGUACCACUUGCUCUGGGUUAUCACACUUACUCUUGGAGGCAAGUCUUAAGUAUCUAG